AUAUGGUCGGAUGUGUCGCAAGAGAAGAUAAUGAUCUGCCAUUUGGGCAAGGGUCUGAGUGUGAAGGAUAUCAAGCAGUGCGCCGAGGGACGUGAGAACAUUACGCUGGUCGAUAAGGACAUAUCAACACCGGACGGACUGGCUGUCGACUGGGUACAUCAGUUGUUGUUUUGGACAGAUACUGGACUCGAUCAGAUAAAUGUGGUGGAUUUGGUGUCGCGUCGUCGUCGAACAUUGUUCUCGGAUGGUUUAGACGAACCGAGAGCGAUUGCAGUGGAUCCAUCGCGAGGACUGUUGUUUUGGACUGACUGGGGUGUGCAUGCGAGGAUCGAACGAGCUGGCAUGGAUGGCAACGAUAGAACGGUUUUGAUAAGUGGUGACUCAAUAAAGUGGCCGAAUGGACUUGCGUUGGACAUCUUAGAGCAACGUGUGUAUUGGGCGGAUGCAAAAGUGAAACUGAUAAUGUCGUGUGAUUAUUGGGGUGAGAACACUCGUCUGGUGAUAAGGUCACAUCAACGGCUCAAACAUCCGUUCUCGUUGACGGUCUUCGAGGAACGUUUGUAUUGGACGGAUUGGGAUCAUGAGGGCGUUCUGACCGCUAAUAAAUUCACUGUAUUGUUACCAUAUUUGUAA